AUGACAGUAACAGCUUCAAACAUCACAACGCCGUCUAACUGCACCAAAAAGAAUGUCGAUCAAUUGUAUUGUACAAUAGCAAUCGACUUUUAUGAUAGGGAUACUGGAUAUUUAACAGUUCAAUCGGAAACAGCUCAUCAAGCAUUCGGUUACAAAGAAGAUUUUGCUCUACUUGGUCUGUAUAUAAAAAGUGAUGGAUCAUAUAUAUAUGGCGUUACUUAUCAUUGUUUGACAGAUGGUUGUAAUGAACCAAGAUUCAGUAAAUUCUUAUUCGAAUCAAUAACAAUAGAUCAUAAUUCAACAGCUAUUGUACCAUUAUUAUAUACAACACAACCUUCUGUUCCACUAACAUGUGCAAAAUAUACCAAUUUUACAAAUCCUGAUACAUGCUAUUCAAAAGAACCAGCUGGUGAUUCAUGUUUAAGAUGUUUGGCGUCUAUCGAUGGAAUAACAAAUUCAAUGUGUGCUUAUUGUUUAAAAACUACGGAAAUAAUUACUAAUCUUCUUGAUGAUGAACGAGCAUAUUUCUUAAAAACAAGAAAAACAAGUAAUCAUGAAUUUAUAAUACGUUGUAAUAUUCCAGAAUGCAAUAGAAUGAAUAAUAUUCAACAAAUUCAAAAAUUAUAUCGUUAUUACUUUGAUUAUGAUAAAUUCGAUAGUCGAUCUACAUCAGCUUUGAUAUUCCAUGAUAAGAAUAUAGUCUCCUUCUUUCUAAUUAUUUUAUUUAUUUGGAAUAAAUUUUGA